AUGCCACCCUUCACCACGCUUUGGGUGUACAUGCUUAUGUUGUGUAACCAAGCUAUGACACACAGCAUCAGCGAUGAGAUAGAUGUGGUGGUGUUUUUGCCCAAAAAUGACACUUAUCUUUUUUCAUACGCGAGGGUCGCCCCGGCCAUUCUUCACGCGCAGCUGAAGUUGAAGACUGGCGGAACCCCCUACUCCGACUUGCACUUCAACAUCCACUUUGAGAGCUCGAACAGCGUCAACGAUGCGCUCUUCCACUUGGUGGACAGGUCGUGCUUAAAGAAACCCGAUCUGAUUUUGGGUCCAGUAUGCGAGUACGAGGCAGCGGCGGUGGUGAGACUGGCGUCGCACUGGAAUAUUCCGGUGAUUUCAGCAGGUGCCCUGGCUGCCGCCUUUGGCAACAAGAACUCGGAAUUCUCCCAUCUCACGCGCAUCGCACCAUCCUACGUCAAGAUGGCAGAGACCUUCAGCGCUAUGUUCAAGCACUUUGCGUGGAAGACGGCAUACCUGAUCUAUGAAGACGACAAGGAGGAGCGGAAUUGUCACUUCACUGUGGAGGGGAUCUACCAUCUGAUGACUGACGUAACCAUUGAGACAGCUGCUUUUUCCCAAGAUGAUCCGCUGAACACUGACAAUAUCAUCCAAAGCGUGUAUGAUUCACAAGUGGUGAUCUUGUGUAUGGAAGGCAGCAAAAUUCGAGACAUUAUGCUUGCUGCACACAGGCAUCGAUUGACCAGUGGAACUCACAUGUUCUUCAAUAUUGAACUCUUCAAUGCAUCCUCUUAUGGCAAUGGCUCAUGGAGGAGAGGAGACAAAUUUGACAAUGAAGCAAGGCAAGCCUAUGCCUAUUUGAAUACUGUGACGCUACUUCGAACACUCAAACCGGAGUUUGAAAACUUCUCAAUGGAAAUUAAAAUGGCCAGUGAGAGUAUGGGACUGCAAAACUGCAAAGACUGUGGAAGUGUCAAUGUGUACGUUGAGGGAUUCCAUGAUGCGUUGCUGCUUUAUGCCAUUGCUUUGAAUGAAGCCAAGAAAAGUGGGUACAGUAAGAAAAAUGGAUCAGAAAUCACAUCACAAAUGUGGAACAGAACUUUUGAAGGAAUCGCUGGCCAGGUCUCCAUGGACAUCAAUGGUGAUAGAAAUGGAGAUUUCUCUUUGAUGGCAAUGACCAAUUUUAAUGCAGGAACAUAUGAGGUCGUGGCCAAUUACUUUGGAGUGAAUAGAAGCUUUCAACUGCUGUCAGCCUUCAACUGUGACCAUUUCACUCUGCAAGGCCUCCAGAUAACACAAACAGAGAUAUCAGACACAUCAUCAGGUGGAAUAGGAGUGUCAGCUUUGACUGGAGUCAUAGUGGGAGCUGUUCUUGGAACCGCAAUGCUUGCAGCGUUCCAUUUUUUCAGGAAAAAUUACAGGGUUACCAUUGAGCGUCGAGUACACAGUGAAGACUGUUCCACCAGGAAGCAUCGCCAGUUACGAGAGGACUCCAUCAGAUCAAACUUGUCAGCUACUUAGUUUGCUCCAACAAAACUGUUGCCA